UCCUAAACCCAAUCCAGCUUUCGCUCCCUCUAGUGUCUAUAAUGCACUGAGUGGGUCUCAGUGUCUCAGCCAAGGCAAGUCCUGCCUACCCGUGACCUCAUCAUUCAAUUCAACUUCUGGCAGACAAAGCUUUUAACUUCAGAAUUUCUGGAGCUCUCUCGCUGCCUGACGACUUACUCCUGCCACCCGUUAGAACAGCGCACAAGGGGCUGAACACAGUGAAAGCGCAAGACUAAUAGCUAUUCCCCUGCUCUCGUUUCUGUUUUGCUGACUACUUCAGGACACACCAAGCGAAUGCUUCCUCUGUCUCUCUCAAUUCCUGGUUAACAAGCUGGAAUAAUUCACUGCUGUGGUCACAGGAUGUAUGAAGUUUCCUCAUUUUAACCUGGUCAAAAUUCGGGAGAAGGAAUAUUCUCUGAAGAAUCCAGCAUCCAAAGAGGAGGAGGAUCUACUGCAGAAUUUUGAUCCAAAGUAAUUUCAUCCUGUGCUCUUUUCGAUGAUCAGGAAUACAGUUUUCAAUUAAAGGAGGAUGGAAGAUUUUCUCCGAUUAAAAAAGCGAUGGGUCUGAACCAAAACAAAAAUUCUUAGAGCCUCCAAAGAACAACUUACAGCGUAUGAUUGGGAAUGAGGGAUAAGCAGGUCCUUUCCCCUUUUAACUGAACCACUGCAGAUCACCACUGGUUAAGCUCCAGAUGGAUGAACGGUUCCUUCGACGUGUAGUUUGACGUUACUCUUGAUAUAGGAUACACGGAAGAGCCAAACCAGGCCCCAGCUCUUGGGGAAAACAACCUUUCCCUUAGGUCCUAUCAUGUGUCAACCUUUUCUUUUCCUCUUUGGCUCUGAAGUGAAAACUGAAAGGAAGUAAAAUAUAACUUCCCCCACAAGUUAAAGGAUUUCUACAAGCGGAGGUGGUUUUUAAUGAGCUGACCUGGCCAUUGUAAACCUCCUGAGGGCAUGUUCCCUGGAAGGUUGGGGACCGUUCAGGUGGUCUGGAACGUGAACCGGGAUCAGUUGUGUAAACAUCAAGGAGACGGGAAAUAGCCAGCAGGCUGGAGGGACCCAACUGGAACAUUAUUCCGGGAUAGAUGGUGUACCAUCUGGACAUGUUGAACUUACAUUCCAAGAUCUUCCUGCUGCAGGCACAAGAUUUUCUGGAAUGCACUAAACGUGGAAUACAAAGAGCCAGGACACAAGCAACACUGGACUCAAAGUAAAAACAACUCCAGUCUGUUUCCUUUCGCUUUAGGAAAUCAGUACAAACCACAAGACAAUCCACACCAUAGAGAUAAGCAAGAAUCCUGUCGCUGGUGGAAAACCCAUUCCAGGGAAACUGAGACAAGGAUUUAAAGAACUCAAUGGCCAGACAAUCAAAAAUGGUCUUAAACGUGAUCAGCAGGAUUUGGAGAUUCUCCGUGUGGACUCACGUGGGAUUGUUUCUGGGAUUGCUGGCACAGUCGAUUACUGUGGAAACGUGUCCCUCAGUCUGUCGGUGUGACGCUGGCUUUGUGUACUGCAAUGACCGAGGUUUGACAUCCAUCCCAAAAGGAAUUCCACAGGACUCCACCACACUCUUCCUGCAGAACAAUCAGAUCAAUAAUGCUGGGAUUCCCAGAGAGCUCCUGAACCUCGUGAAGGUGGAAAUCAUUUAUCUGUAUAGCAACAGUCUGGACGAGUUUCCCACCAACGUCCCCAGGUACAUCAAAGAACUCCAUCUGCAGGAGAACAAUAUACGGGCGAUUUCCUUGGACUCUCUUUCAAAAAUACCUUAUCUGGAAAGACUGCACUUGGAUGAUAACUCAGUCUCUGCUGUUAGCAUCGAAGAAGGUGCUUUUCGAGAGAACAAGGAUCUCAAAUUGAUCUUCUUGUCUCGGAAUCACCUCAGCAGUAUUCCCGUAGGACUCCCUAGCACCGUUGAGGAACUGAGGUUGGAUGACAACCGCAUUGCCACCAUUUCGGAGAACGCCCUGAGUCAUCUCACGGGAUUGAAGCGUCUGGUGCUCGAUGGGAACCUGCUGACCAAUCAAGGACUUCGAGAUAAGGUCUUCAUGAAUCUCAUGAACCUGACAGAACUGUCGCUGGUGCGGAACAUCCUUACCUCGCCCCCGUCUCUACCCAUUGCCAACUUGCAGAAGCUGCACCUCCAGGAGAACCAUAUCAACCGGAUCCCCCCCAACGCCUUUUACCACCUUGGGCGAUUACAACGCCUGGACCUGUCGAAUAACAACCUAACCCACUUGCCUCAGGGAAUCUUUGAUCGUCUGAACAACCUGUCCCAGCUGCUACUGCGCAACAACCCAUGGCACUGCGGCUGCAAGAUGAAGUGGGUUCGGGAUUGGCUGCGCUCACUGACAGUAGGGGUCAACGUGCGCGGUCUGAUGUGCCAGUCACCUGAGAAGGUCAGGGGCAUGGCCAUCAAGGACCUGGCGGUCACCAUGUUUGACUGCAAGGAUUCGGAAGGCUCCCUCCUGGACAUGCCACCCACCACUGUGGGUUUGGUUAGGGCCUCCCCCAGUCAGGGUCCCUGGCCCUCCUUUGUGCCCAAGGGUGGUGACAGGAAAGCGGACCGCCAGCCUACGGCAGCCCCUGGGCGGGUGGCUAUCCACAUCGACGUGAAAUCUGUCAGUGUGGACACCAUCCGAAUCACCUGGAAGAUCUCCCUGCCCAUGACCGCCCUGAGACUCAGCUGGCUCAAGCUGGGGCAUAACCCAGCGGUGGGGUCAAUCACCGAGACCAUCGUGCAUGGUGGAAGAAGCGAGUACUUACUCACAGCCCUGGAGCCAGAGUCAUUGUACCGGAUAUGUAUGGUUCCCAUGGAAACCAGCAAUGUUUAUCUGUUGGACGAGACCCCAGUCUGCACGGAGACACAGACCGCAUCCCUGAGGAUGCACAACCCCACGACGACGCUCAACAGGGAGCAGGAGAAGGAACUCUACAGGAGUGCCAGUCUACCCCUGGCGGGGAUCAUAGGCGGCAUAGGGGCCGUGAUUGUGGUGGCGCUGCUUGCGCUGGUGUGCUGUUACAUGCACAGGACUGGAACCCCUUUCUCCAAGAGCUGUGCAUACAGCAGAGGCCGGAGAAGGAAGGACGAUGAUUACGCAGAGGCUGGCACUAAAAAGGACAACUCUAUCUUAGAAAUUCGGGAGACUGCUUUUCAGAUGAUCCCGAUGAACAGCGACCAAGCAGCCAAGGAAGAGUUUGUAAUACACACUAUAUUCCCACCAAACGGGAUGAGUUUGUACAAAAACAGCCACAGUGAAAGCAGCAGUAGCAACAGAAGUUACAGAGACAGUGGAAUUCCAGAUUCAGAUCAUUCACACUCCUGAUAAUUGCAGGGACUAUUAACUGAAAGGGACUACGGAAGGCUCUGCUCUCCUCGGAAACACUGGAUUUAGGAAUACUGGAGGAAAGAUGACUGUACGUUUGCCAUAUAAUUUAUAUUUAAUGAACUUUGUAUCAAAAGUUGCAGAAUCCAGGUGAAUAUUGCUGAUUGUGCAGUAUGGAUGCCAGAUCACUAAUUGCAAUUCUCUAUUUUAGUAACUUCUCGUAAUUUGUAUUUUUUUCUUU